ACUGACCCCCAGCUUGGACGACGGUGCUAAUUUACUUCCACACGCUUAAGGAAGAAUCCGAUACCUGCUACGAUAUUGCCACGUGGCAUUUCCCUUCUCUAUAUAUAAGUUGGGUCCUUGUCCAAAGUUCUAAGCUUUGUGUUUGUCCAGUGUUAAAAAAACCCUUUUCCAACUCUAGCCAAUCUUCUCUUAUUUUGUUCUUUUUGUCUCAAAAAUCAAAAACCCACUAAGAAGAAAGAUGGGAAAAUUCAGUACUUUGGUUUCUCAAGCUCAUUCACUUGCUGGGCCAAGUUUGGCGUUGAUUUAUCCCUUGUAUGCAUCGGUUAUGGCCCUGGAGAGCACAUCAAAACUUGAUGAUGAACAGUGGCUUGCUUAUUGGAUUAUAUACUCGUUUCUCACUCUUGUUGAAAUGGUUAUUCAACCAGCUUUAGAGUAUAUACCUAUUUGGUAUGAUGUGAAGCUGUUGCUGGUGGGUUGGUUGGUUCUUCCCCAAUUCAAAGGGGCAGCUUUUUUGUACGAGAGAUUUGUGAGAGAGCAACUCAAGAAGUCUAGAGGAACGUCUCAAACUCAAACUCAAACUCACAACAAGGGAAAGGCCAAGUUUGUGGAUUUCAUUAUCCCAAAGAAAGGAGAGCAUGAGGCUCAUUAAAGAAAGCAAAAGUGCAUGGCUAUAUAAAAUCUUGCCAUUGAAGUCUUCAAUUCCACACUUCUUUUUUUUCUUUUUAGGUUAUGUGUUAUAAGUUGUCGGUUGUACUAAUUUAAUCUCUACUCUUGUACAAGUUAAUUACUCCAUGUAAGGCACCUGUUUUUGUGACCCUUAAUCAACUGGCUUCUUUUGAAACAUCCACAAAUGUAAAAGGGAACGCAGUCUUAUUUUGUUGUAAGAUCUUGUGAGGUUGUGAUGGUUGCAUAUAUAA